CAACCAUUGGUCCAUUGCUUCCCCUCAAACUAGCAAUCUUCGCCAUUUCCACAAAACCCUAGAACCUUUUUGUUUUUUGGCUCCAUUCUCUACGGUCUACCCCUUUGAAAUCUCAGAGCAAGAAAAACCCUACACCCUUGUAACUCUCUCUCUCUCAUCGCAAGUCCGAGCACAUACGACGUCGUUUUUUUUUUUUUUUUAAUCGUAGUUGGAGAUCGAAUUUGUUUGCCACGAGGUCCAGACCCGCAAUUGAGAAAAUCGCUGACUGGGAUGAUCCUCUGUACUUGUGAACCGAGAUCAGGUUCUGGAAACUAUGCUUAAAGCUCAAACCUCGUGAACGCCAAAUCCGUAACCUUAAUUGCAUUUGAUUGACUGUUUUGGCAGUAAAUUUUUCUGUGCAUUGGCUGCUUUUGGUCUUUAAAAAACCGACCAAAAUCUGUGUAGUUGAAACUUGAAAUCUAGUUUAAAUUCCAUCUCAUUUGAACCAAUGCACAACCCUAGAGGGAGAUACCCUCCCGGGAUUGGUGCUGGGAGAGGCGGGGGCAUGAAUGCAAACCCUGCAUUUCAGUCAAGAGCCCCUCAGCAACAGUAUGUACAGAGGAGUGUGGUUCAGAAUCCGCACUAUCUUCCCCAGCAGCAACACCAGCAACAGCACCAGCAGCAGCAGCAGUGGUUGAGGAGGGCUCAGUUGGGCAGUGCAGCUGAUUCGAAUGUAGAUGAAGUCGAGAAGACAGUACAGUAUGAAGCUGUGGACUCAAGUUCACAAGAUUGGAAGGCAAGGUUAAAAAUGCCCCCACCUGAUACUCGCUAUAAAACAGAGGAUGUGACGGCAACUAAGGGAAAUGAAUUUGAGGACUACUUUCUGAAACGUGAGCUGCUAAUGGGAAUAUAUGAGAAGGGAUUUGAAAGACCAUCUCCUAUUCAGGAGGAAAGUAUUCCUAUUGCUCUAACUGGUAGUGAUAUUCUUGCAAGAGCUAAAAAUGGAACUGGAAAAACGGCUGCCUUUUGCGUCCCUGCCUUGGAGAAAAUUGAUCAAGAUAUCAAUGUCAUACAAGUUGUUAUACUUGUUCCAACUCGUGAGCUUGCUCUUCAAACAUCACAAGUUUGCAAGGAGCUUGGGAAGCAUUUGAAUAUUCAAGUUAUGGUUACUACUGGAGGUACCAGUUUGAAAGAUGAUAUCAUGCGUUUAUAUCAGCCUGUUCAUUUACUUGUUGGAACACCUGGAAGAAUUUUAGAUCUUGCGAAAAAGGGUGUUUGCGUCCUGAAAGACUGCUCAAUGCUUGUCAUGGAUGAGGCUGAUAAGCUUCUGUCCCCGGAGUUCCAACCAUCAAUUGAGCAAUUGAUUCGGUUUUUGAGUCCAAAUCGACAAAUUUUGAUGUUUUCAGCUACAUUUCCUGUUACGGUUAAGGAUUUUAAGGAUAGAUAUCUUCAGAAACCUUAUGUUAUUAACCUUAUGGAUGAGCUUACUCUAAAGGGUAUUACACAAUUUUAUGCUUUUGUUGAAGAAAGGCAGAAAGUUCACUGUCUGAACACUCUUUUCUCUAAGCUUCAAAUAAACCAGUCAAUUAUCUUCUGCAAUUCUGUGAACCGGGUGGAGUUGUUGGCCAAGAAAAUUACAGAACUUGGCUAUUCGUGUUUUUAUAUUCAUGCAAAGAUGCUUCAAGACCAUCGUAACAGAGUAUUUCAUGACUUCCGCAAUGGUGCUUGCAGAAAUCUCGUAUGUACUGAUUUGUUUACAAGGGGAAUAGACAUUCAAGCGGUCAAUGUUGUCAUUAACUUUGAUUUCCCCAAGAACUCAGAAACAUAUCUCCAUAGGGUUGGUCGAUCUGGACGGUUUGGACACCUGGGUUUAGCUGUGAAUUUGAUCACCUAUGAGGAUCGUUUUAACUUGUAUAGAAUUGAGCAGGAACUUGGCACUGAGAUAAAGCAAAUUCCUCCCCAAAUUGAUCAGGCAAUUUAUUGCCGGUGACCCAUGAUGGAAAACUCGCUUUGUGGACAACAUGGUUGAUGAAGUUGCACAUUUGAUCUACUGCUGCAUCAGAGGAGACAUUCUGAGAAGUAGAUACUGUGAAUGGAGAAAUCUGUCUUUGAUGUAGGUGGUAUCUUCCCUUGGAAAUUGGAAUGCUUUUAUUUGUUUCUGAAUUUUCAUAGCCCUGAAACAUUAACAGGACCUUAAUAGAAGUCUAUAUUGGUUUAUAGAUGCUGGCUUCUUUUCAGGGUCCUCUUUGACUAACUUGCUGGUUUAGGAACUAUUUGCUCUUGUUCUAGUCUGUUCAUACGCUCAGUUGAACUGUUGAAAGAAGUACUUUAUUCAGCCACCAAAAAAAAAAAAAAAAAAAAAAAAAAAAAGAGAGAAAAAGACAAAAAAAAAAAGGAAAAAAAAGAAAAGAAAAAAAAAUAUUUCUGUUUUUUUAAAAAUUGUUUUGUUUUUAUAGUUCUUAAGAGUUUUACCCAUUUUCAGUACAUGGUUAGUUAUUAGUUCCUUCUCCAGUAUUUUGACGAGAAUGGGUAACCAAUUUAUGCUUUGGAUGGUGACCAUGAAAUAGUCUCUUCAGUUAGUGCUUCAUGAAGCCGGUGCUGUUUUGCCUAGAAAAUGGAAGCUGAUCUCGUGAUUCUUCUUGUAUUUUGUUGCUGAGAAAUAGGGCUUCUAAGCUAGACGAUGUGCUUCUUUCUAGCUUUGUUCAUCUCUACUCCUUAUAAAUUCAAAUGACAUAUCUUUUAUUUAGAGAA